AUUGGCGUCCGUCGAUUUCCCCAGAAUAUCGCGAUUAAAGUGAAGUGAAAACACAAUAAUACGAGCGCAAAAUACUCGUUUAUACUCUCUGUUGUUGUGAUGUGAAUAAAAAGUCCUGAAAAUGGGAAAAACCGGGGAUUCGAACUCUACCUGCUCCGUUCCGGAAUGCAAAUCUAGGAGUACGAAUGAAAUAACACUAUAUCGUUAUCCUAAAGAAGAGGCGCAGAGGAAAAAAUGGACGGAGGCUAUCAAAAUUGAGAGUAAAAUUACUCCAAACAUGCAAGUUUGCAGCCGUCACUUUGUGAAAAGUGAUUACAUUAUAUCAGAUAAUGGCGGCACCAAAGUGAAGAGGCUAAAGAAGUCAGCGGUUCCAUCUCAGAAUUUGCCGUGGCAGUUCCCGAACAAGAGAGUCAGUCCUGGCCUGGCCAAGGCUCGCAUGGAGCGCUUGAAGAACCGACUAUCCAAGGUGUCAGAUUCUCCGGGCGCAAAAACUGGAACUGCACUAAAACCAGAAACUCCAAUAAAAAGACUUGAAAUUGCCAAGAAAAGUGAAUCUAAUCAAAAACCUGAAGUAACUGAAAAAACAAAGAAGACAGAAUCUAUAAAAAGUGAGGUGGUAAGUGAAGAAGAUGAAUCUACAUCCGUUGAGCCGGUUGUGGAGAAAAAGGAAGAAAUUGAUGAGAAUGACGAAGAGACUGAUAAAAAUAAUGAAGAAACUGCUGAAGGUGCAGAAGCUUCAGAGGCUAAGAAAGAUAAUACACCCGCCCGCGGUCCUACAAGGCUCCGGCAACGCGAGGGGACGAUAAAAUGCGAACAUUGCGGCAGAAAGUGUCUCACGCCGCAAGGCUUGCAAACACACCAACAACUCGCGCAUAAGAACAUUAGAACCAGUCUUAUGAACCCUAAGAAGGACUCUCCAGUGAAUAAUAAGGCUAAAUCAUCGCCGAAACCACCUACAGUCCCUUUAAUUUCCGUUAAAAGUCCUGAAAAUUUACUCGCGAAACCUCCUGUGAAAUCGCAACCUCUAUCUAUGAGUAUAUUAGAGAAAGUACUUCAAGGUGAUCGGGAUUACUUAGCGAGUAACUCCGAAGUGAGUGUGAAGGAAGAGAUUGUUGAGAACCAAGCGCACCGGAAAACUGAAUUCGAGUGUCCGUUGUGUAAGAGACGUUUCGCUGUGUACUUUAUGGCGUACAAGCAUGUACAGAAGCACCACUCUGGGACGCCUAAUGGAAGUAAAUCAAUUCUCCCAAAACCAACCCGCAUAGAGAUCUGCACAAUCUGCAACAUGACAGUCGAGGAUGACUUCCACGUGUGCGCUGGGCCGCUGAAGCAGGCAGUCGGCCUGUACUGCAUCGGCUGUGAACAGGAGUACAAGACGCUCACUCUGUUCGACAUGCAUAAGAGCAGUAUGCACAGCGAUGGAGUUCAGAGCAUGUUCUUCUCUACUUUAGAUGAAUUAGAGCAUUGGAAGCAGAAAAUGGAAAACCAAACCCGGGCGAAAUACUCAACGCUGGAUCAGAACGAAGCAAAGAAAACCUACCGCUGCACAUAUCGGUUUGGGAUCGCUGGCAAUUACAACCGACAGCGGAUGUGUCCUUCUUCGGUGGUCGUUCAAGAGUUCACCAAGGGAUUCCAGGUCCACUACUACCCCCACCACUACGGCCACGAUCACCAGAAAUAUAAACUGAGCAGCGCUUUCGAGCAAUAUUCCAUCACAUCGCUCAUGAACCUCACUGCCAAGAGCACUCUAGAAGAAUCCAGAGCCAACGCCCCCCGGACAGACUUCAACAAGCUCAGAACCGAACUCAACACCCCGGACCUGUAUCUACAGUUCCAGAAAAUAACAGAGACCAUUGUCAACGAAGCGGCCAGAAUCAAUGUCAACGGGCUAAAGAAACUCAUGCGAAAAGCUUUAGACAUGAUGGACAUUAUAAACAACUAUGUCGAAGAUGAUGACGAUGAAAUCACUAGCUCCAACUCCGUAUUAAAAAUGGAUUCCGAUAAAGAUAAUUUACAAGACGAUGUCAAGUUAGCUUUAGCUAAUUUUAAAAGAAAAUCAGAUUUAUCGAAUGAAAUUUCCCCUAAAAGAAGCAAAAUCUUUCAAAGCACUGAGAACUUGAAAACGCCUAAAAAUAACAGAUCUUUUACUAUAGAAAAUAAAAAUGUUUCGCCGAAUCAGUCUAAAUUUAUAGACACUUUUCAAGAUUUCGUUGGGAAAAGUUUAGCAAAGAAAGAUGAUAAGACGGUGAAAGUUAGUAAAAAGACGCCUCCGGUCAAAACUAAAAUAGGUCAGUUUAAACCUAAAAGCCCUCCUAAGAAAGUAUCAUUCUCUCCAACUAACAUCUCUCCUAAAAAAGUUAAGGAUAUAGAAUAUGAAGUGAAAGAACAAGAGAAUGACUGCAAUAUAUUGAUUUUAAAGAUUUAGAAAAACUAAGUCCCUUAAGGGCAUUUUUAGAAUUUGGGACCCCCAAUUAGCGUAAGUUGUUAACAGAAAUUAACUCGCUGUCAGUUUUGUGACGACAGUUAAGCAUAAAAUCUGUGUAAAAAUUUACUAUUUUCACAUUCUGAAUGUAGAUUAUCUCUUAAAGUUUAUGUACUACACAAAAACAAUAUUUUAAUUCAAAUUUCAUGCUUAAUUUUAUUAUCCUCACAAAACUGACAGUGAGUUCUUCGUUCUUCUUUGCAUCCUGUUACCCUGGGGUGUAGGGCUCGACUCAUAUUUCUCCAUUUACUCCGGUCUUAGGCAGUUUGGGUGACCUCCUCCCACCCCAUGCCUAGCACCCUGAGCUCCUGCUGAACCGAACGACGCCAGGUCGAUUUAGGGCGGCAUGGUUUGCGCUUUCCGGGUACAUUCCAGGUGAAGGCCAUUUUGGAUAGGUGGGUAUCAGGUUUUCUGAGGAUGUGUCCAAUCCAAUGCCAUUUCCGCGUUUGUAUUUCUUCCUGUACGGGUGCUUGUCCAGUUAUUCUCCAUAAGUGGGCGUUUGUGAUCCAGUUAGGCCAAAAGAUACGCAGGAUCUGCCUCAAGCAUUUGUUCACAAACACUUGGAGUUUUGACAUUAGGUCUUUGCGGACAAACCAGGUCUCACACCCGUACAGUAAUACGGCCUUUACAUUGGAAUUGAAAACCCUCAGUUUAGUUCUUCUAGUCAGGGUCGAGGAGCUCCACACCGGUUUAAGCUGACCGAAAGCGGCUCGGGCUUUGUUUAUUCGAGAUUCAAUGUCAGCUUCAGUUCCUCCACUCUGGUCAACGAAAACUGCCCAGGUAGCAAAAGCUGGUCACUUUUUCGAUUGGGUUCCCUUUGACAGUGAGUUAAUUCUUGUUAACAACUUACGCUAAUUGGGGGGUCCCAAAUUCUGAAAAUGCCCUUAAUCAUAAACUUUCACUAAAGUUAUCAAGCCGAUAAAGUUUUUUUUGUCCCU